AUAGCACCGAAUCUGGUCUAUGCCACUGCUGAAACCAUGGAAGAUCCUAAUGUAGCCAAUGCAAACUUCAACAUAACUUGGGUCUUCCCCGUCGAUCCAAGCUUCCGGUACUUUGUUCGGGUACAUUUCUGUGAUAUAAUCAGUCAGGCUCUUAACACUCUUGUCUUCAAUCUUUACAUAAAUGAUGAUAUUGCUGUGGGGAGUCUUGACCUCUCAACAUUAACUGCUGAUCUCAAUGUUCCUUAUUACAAAGACUUCAUCUCAAAUGCUUCAGCAGAUUCCGAUAGUUUGACUGUUAGUAUUGGCCCAGAUAUGGCAGCAGAUUUGACCAAUGCAACUAUGAGUGGGUUGGAGAUUAUGAAGAUCAGCAAUGAAGCUAAAAGCUUGAAUGGGCUUUCUUCUGUUGGAAGUCUCCUUCCUAAAAGUCCUUCAAAGAAGAAUAAAUUAGCUAUAAUAAUUGGUUCUGCUGUUGGAGCUGCAGCUGCAGUGAUGUUAAUUGGAAUCUGUUAUUGCUUCUUAGUGGCACGCAAGUCGAAAGAUACUAGCCAAGGAAAUUCAUGGUUACCUUUGCCAUUAUAUGGAAAUUCUCUAACCAUGACAAAAAUGUCAACAACUUCACAAAAGAGUGCAACAGCAAGCUGCAUCUCAUUAGCUUCCUCCAACCUUGGCAGGUUUUUCAUGUUCCAAGAAAUCCUGGAUGCAACCAACAAAUUUGAUGAGAGCCUAUUGCUAGGGGUUGGUGGUUUUGGUAGGGUAUACAAGGGAACACUUGAAGAUGGAACCAAGGUAGCUGUCAAGAGAGGAAAUCCCAGGUCUGAACAAGGCCUUGCUGAAUUCCGAACUGAGAUUGAAAUGUUAUCUAAGCUCCGUCACCGCCACCUUGUCUCUCUUAUUGGCUACUGUGAUGAAAGAUCAGAAAUGAUUCUUGUUUAUGAAUACAUGGCCAAUGGACCUCUCAGAAGUCACCUUUAUGGAACAGAUCUGCCACCUCUGUCAUGGAAGCAGCGGCUUGAAAUAUGCAUCGGAGCUGCAAGGGGACUUCAUUAUCUUCACACUGGUGCAGCACAAAGUAUUAUUCAUCGAGAUGUGAAGACAACAAACAUUCUCUUGGAUGAGAACUUCGUGGCUAAAGUUGCUGAUUUUGGCUUAUCAAAAACAGGUCCAUCUCUUGAUCAGACACAUGUCAGUACUGCUGUUAAGGGUAGUUUUGGCUACCUGGAUCCUGAAUACUUUCGAAGGCAACAGCUCACUGAGAAAUCAGACGUAUAUUCUUUUGGGGUGGUUCUAAUGGAAGUACUCUGUACUAGACCAGCUUUAAAUCCUGUUCUUCCCAGGGAGCAAGUUAAUAUAGCAGAAUGGGCAAUGACUUGGCAAAAGAAAGGCAUGUUGGAUCAAAUCAUGGAUUCAAAUCUGGUGGGGAAGGUGAAUCCAGCUUCUCUUAAGAAAUAUGGGGAGACAGCUGAGAAAUGUCUGGCUGAGCAUGGAGUUGACAGGCCAUCAAUGGGUGAUGUCUUGUGGAAUCUUGAAUAUGCUCUUCAAUUAGAGGAGACAUCAUCAGCUCUCUUGGAACCUGAAGAUAACAGUACAAACCAUAUUCCAGGCAUACCGUUAACACCAAUUGAACCAUUUGAUAACAGUGUAAGUAUGAUUGAUGGGGGGAACUCCGGGACUGAUGAUGAUGCAGAAGAUGCAGCCACAAGUGCUGUAUUCUCACAGCUAGUAAAUCCUCGUGGAAGAUAAGGGGUAGAAACUUCUGCCUGACAGUGAUUUUUUUUUCAUUGGACACCUUGCUAAAGAUUGAUUGUCUUGGUUCUGGAGAUUACUUUGAAGUAUUUCAAGUGAAUUCACGAGGUCAUUUCUUAUUACACCAUCCUGUUCCUUUUUUCUUUUAUCAAACUAUCAAUCAUUAUAUAUUUAGUUUGUGAUAUAGUUACUUGAUGGGUGCUAAUUAGUCCAUCAGAAAUGGCAUGUAAGCUACUAUAAAUAUUCCAUUGUUAUUUUGAUUCUAUUUCCACAAUUCUGUUCAUUGAAAGAAAAAAUAUAAUGGGGAAGUGUUUUCCCAUGUUUGAUAUC